AUGGUCACUCUUUGGAUAUGCCACAAGGACUUGGAUAUGGCCUCAACUACAAGCGUACAGGGAGUCUAUCAUUUCUCGACAAAAUCUACUUCACUCUCUGAAAGGAGGCUUAUCGACGUCACCCAGGACUCCUCACACGAGGGAGACGUGCAGGCUGCUGGUGUUAAAACGACACAAGAUGGCUUCUCACUCCGGAAACAAAUUCAUCGAGCGCUCUUCUCCCGUAUGGAUGCUGAGAAGACAGCCAAACCGAAGUCCUCUGCUAAGGCAUUUUUGUUUCGUUUCACGUAG